AUGAACCCCCAGAUAGACACUUCCAAGUACGAGAUCCUCACUGAGGGCUCUGCGUCGGUUCUCUUCUCACCAGAACAGGUCUUUUACAACCCUGUCCAGCAGUAUAACAGAGACCUGAGCUCGCUGGCUAUUCGCGCAUUCUCCGAGAUUUACCACGAAGAGAAGCUGGCCAGAAAACGCAAGCAUGACAAAGAGUCUCCUGAUCCAGAAGAUUCCGAGCCUCAACCGUAUCUGAAAGUCUUGGAAGCGCUUUCUGCUACCGGUCUUCGUGCUAUCCGCUAUGGUAAAGAAAUUCCACUCGUAUCUAAGGUGGUAGCAAACGAUCUUUCGAAAGACGCCGUCAAUGCCAUCAAUCUCAACAUCGAGUAUAACAAAAUACAGCACAAGGUGGAGGCCAAUGAGGGAGAUGCUAUCCGGGUGAUGGCUGAUUCAAAGGGCCAAUUCCAUGUGGUUGAUCUGGACCCCUAUGGAACCGCAGCUCCUUUCGUCGACUCGGCCUUGAAUUCGCUCAAGGACGGGGGCCUUUUGCUCGUGACUUGCACGGACCUCGGUGUGCUAGCUGGAGCUGGUUAUCCAGAGAAGUGUUUUGCAUUGUACGGAGGAAGUCCAUUGCACGGAGACGCUACUCAUGAAUCUGCUCUUAGACUGGUUUUGCAUAUGAUCUCGACGACUGCUGCCAAGUACAAAAAAUGGAUUGAGCCACAGCUCUGCUUGUCGAUUGACUUUUACGUCCGUUUGUUCAUACGGGUUAGAACGGCCCCUAUCAAGGUCAAAGAGCUCGCGUCCAAUCAAAUGAUAUGCUACAAAUGUUCAGGAUGCUACGCUAUUUACAAUCAGCCGCUUGGGCGAUGUACCGAGAACCCAAAUGCAACAGCAAAGCAAAACAGUAAAAAGUUUGGUCUGAGCAAAGGGCCACCAGUUGGUCCGGAAUGCACGUUCUGCGGUUUCACAAAUCACCUCUGUGGUCCGAUGUGGAGAGGACCUCUACACAAUCCCGCCUUUAUUGAUCGCGUUCUCAGUCUUGAAGAAACAGCAGACGAGUCUAUAUUCAAGACGCGGCCUAGAAUCAAGGGAAUGCUGACCAUGGCCAAAAGUGAGCUCGUGGACGUUCCUUUCCAUAUCAAGACAACGACGCUUUCUGCAGUUCUCAAAGGACCCAGUCCAUCGAUUGACAUCUUUGCGGCUGCGUUGUCAAAUCUGGGAUACCGAGUCUCGCUCUGCCAUUCUACCCCUGGUGCAAUCAAAACGGACGCUCCGUACGAGGUCAUCUGGUACGUCGGUAAGUUGUGGACGCAAAAGAAUGGAGUGACCGCCGACAAACUGAACCCAAAUACUGCAGGACACAAAAUCAUGACUGACAACUCGAUUGGCAAGAACAUUGAUCUUGCCUCGCUAAACAAGGAGAAGAAAGUGGAUGAUAUAACGUGGUUGUUCCAGCCUAACGAGGAAAGCAAGAAGUUGAAGGAAUUGCGGAAGAUAAAGAUUGUCAGGUACCAGGAAAACCCGACGGCCAAUUGGGGUCCCAAAGCUAGACCACAUUAG